GCGCACAGACGCACUCAAACUUAUGCGUCGACUUAUACACGAUUAGCUAAUUAUAAACAAGAUAUGGUGAUGGUGUGGCAGGUUACAAACAGACAACCACUUUGCAAAGAAGUCAGAGGGUUUAGAUUCAUUCAACAUUAGUUCCACGUGCUCGAGCAGCAGUGUGUGAGUGAACGGCCUUUACUAAAACUCUUCACUGCUGUGAAGUAGAAUUGUAUGAGCCAUUCAUGGCAACCAAGUUCUAUCUAUCGUCUUGUCUUUUACUGUCAACCGUUCUGACCCUUGUUUUAGCUUCACAGCCUGAUACAUGUCAAACUGACGGCAGUUGUGACGAAAAACCCUCUUCGGACCAUGAAAAAUCUAAAUAUAGCACAGGUAAUAAAUGGCAGAAAUACUUAACACUAAUAGAGAAAGCUAAUAAGAAUUACAAAUCUUGUAAACAGACCAACUGUAGCUGCCACAUUCAAGUUCUUGAUGAUGAUCUCCAUGUAUGGGAGCACGAGAAGAAGGGCAUCAGUAGGGCUGAGAUGCAAGCAGCUAAAGACAAGGGUGUCUAUUACCAGAUUAUAAAAAACAAAUUGUACCGUGAAAAAGAAUGUAUGUUUCCAUUCCGGUGCAGUGGUGUGGAGCACUUUAUCAAGAAACUACUGGAUGAUCUUCCAGAUAUGGAAAUGGUCAUCAAUGUACAUGACUAUCCCAGGGUACAGAAGUUUCUCGACCCAUUACCAGUUUUCUCCUUCAGUAAAGUGGUGAGUGAUUUUUGGGACAUAAUGUAUCCAGCUUGGACAUUUUGGGAAGGUGGACCUGCUGUGUGGCCUAUCUAUCCAACAGGACUUGGAAGAUGGGAUCAACAAAGGAAGAUCAUUUCUCAAAAGGCUGCUGAAUUUCCUUGGGACAAGAAAAUCAGCAAAGGUUUCUUCCGUGGGUCUCGUACCAGUUCUGAAAGAGAUCCAUUGAUUUUGCUAUCUCGAAAGUCUCCGAAUUUAGUGGAUGCUGAAUAUACAAAGAACCAGGCUUGGAAAUCCAUGGAGGAUACUUUGGGCAAAAAGCCAGCUGAGGAAGUGAAACUGGAGGACCACUGUAAAUACAAAUAUUUAUUCAACUUCCGAGGUGUGGCUGCCAGUUUUCGCUUAAAGCACCUUUUCCUCUGUGACUCUUUAGUCUUCCAUGUUGGCAGUGAUUGGCUGGAGUUCUUUUACCCCUCUCUCAAACCCUGGGUUCACUAUAUACCAGUUCCAAAUGAUAUGUCCAAUGUCAGAGAGCUUUUGGAGUUUGCUCAGGAAAAUGAUGACACAGUGAAAAAGAUUGCUGACAGGGGCCGUAAACAUAUCUGGAACCAUCUGCAAAUGAAAGACAUCACAUGUUACUGGAAGACUCUUCUUCAACGUUAUUCCAGAUUGUUCAACUACAAACCUCAUUUUAACAAAGAUCUGAUUCUCAUCAAAUAGAUUAUAUCAACAACGAUAGUGACAUGAACAAAAAGUUGGGGGCCUCUGAUGGCAACAGCAAAGACUUCUCGAAACGUUUUAUAUUUUUUCCUAGAAAAAUAUUAUUUUCAAAAUAAAAAUAAAAAUUUAAUUUUU